AAUCCUUUUAACUCCCCUCCCUAUCAUCUGCAGGACACUUAUUUGUUUCAUAUGUACUAUAAUUUCUAAAUCUCUGACAUUAAUGACAUUAUAAGAUUAAGAAGUUUCUUAGAGUUGAUUCAAUAGAAAAUAUUCCAAAAACCUGACAUGUUUUCUUCCUAAUUUCCAAUGAAAAGUUUGACACAAUCUUGAUGCUUCAGCGGCUUAAAAUAAGAUCAAAUCUGAUGUUCAGUUUUUGAAUUAAUAAUGAUAAAAGCUGAGUUUUAUUUUUCAUUUUUUUCGAAGAAGAAAAAGUACUUUUUUAAUACUAAAUCUUUCAAAACUGAAUGGUGUAUCAAAAUGACCGGAGGUUAUGAAAACACUGGCUCUUCUUUAGAAAAAACUUGCAUGUAAAUGAUCAGUUUUUAACAAGUCACAGGAUGUGUUUUAAAAUAUUAUGUGGAGCUGCAGUGAAGUUAUUUAUUUGCUUAAUAGGGCAGGGUCAUGGUUGCUCAUGAUUAAAUCAGCAGAAAUAAGUUUGAGCUUGUUUGUGGCUUGGGUUCUCUAAAGUUCCAUGACAUUUAUUAGUGUUCAUCCCCCCUCCUCCCCCAGGCCAUGGGGGUCUUAACCAACUAGGUGGAAUGUUUGUUAAUGGUCGCCCGCUUCCGGAGGUUAUCCGGCAACGCAUCGUGGACAUGGCACACCAGGGGGUUCGACCCUGCGACAUAUCUCGGCAGCUCCGGGUCAGCCACGGCUGCGUCAGCAAGAUCCUGGGACGGUAUUAUGAGACAGGAAGCAUCAAACCAGGGGUAAUUGGUGGCUCCAAGCCUAAGGUGGCCACCCCAAAGGUUGUGGAGAAGAUUGCAGAGUACAAGAGACAGAAUCCCACCAUGUUUGCCUGGGAAAUCAGAGAUCGACUGCUGGCAGAAGGGGUGUGUGACAGCGACACGGUGCCCAGUGUGAGCUCCAUUAAUAGAAUAAUUCGAACUAAAGUCCAACAGCCCUUUAAUCUCCCUCUGGAUGGGAAUGGUCUGAGUCCAGGACAUACCUUAAUUCCGAGCUCUGCUGUCACCCCACCAGAGUCCCCUCAGUCAGACUCUUUGGGCUCCACCUACUCCAUUAACGGCUUGUUAGGAAUCCCCCCACCAAACACCGACGGCAAGAGGAGCCAUGAUGACAGUGACCAGGAUAGCUGUCGGCACAGCGUGGACUCCCAGGGCAGUGCAGGCGUCCCAAGAAAACAGAUGAGAGUUGAACACUUCUCCACAGCUGCACAACAUCUGGACUGUGGGUUUGAUCGUCACCACUACCCACCGGAUUCCUUUAGCUCCACCUCGGUCAACAAAGCAGAACAGACUUUGUACCCACUGUCGCUCAUCAAUGGAAACCUAGAUGAGGCCAAGACCAGCCUCUCAACAAGCAGCUCUGUCAUUGGACGGAAUCUGUCAGCACACCCAAGCUACACUGUAGUAACUGAGCCAAUCCAGACCCUGCCGCUCUGUCUAAAGCAGGAAAUGUCCCCUGAAGUUACCAGUACGAGCCCGUCACCAAACAUGGCGGCGUCCACCCUGGCGUAUGUGGAGCUGCAGGCGCUGCAGAAACCUGUUUCUGUUGGCAGCAGCUGCAAUGGCAACAACAGCAGCAGCUCCAACCCUUAUUCCAAUGCUUUCAACUCAUUUUCCCAUCAUGCACCAAUGUAUGGACAGUUCAGCAGUCAGUCUAUCAUCUCAGGGCGGGACAUGGUGAGCUCCACCCUGCCAGGCUACCCACCCCACAUCCCCUCUCCGGCCCAGACAGGUUACUCCUCCUCAGCUAUCACAGGAAUGGUCGCAGCAGGUGCAGACUACCCAGGUCAGUCCUACAGCCAUUCGCCCUACACCUCCUACAGCGAAGCAUGGAGGUUCACAAACUCCAGUAUAUUGGGCUCGCCCUACUAUUACAGUUCGGCCUCCCGUACCGGCCCCCCCUCUGCAGCUGCCUAUGACCACCUCUAGUCCCAUACAGUGGCAGAUUUAAGACAUUUUGAACACGGACUGAAAAACAUGUGCUGGCAGAUGUAAUGUCGGACCAAGGCAUGGAAGUCAAAACUGGAAGUUUUGCUGGAGAAAAUUUAUUUUUUCUCACAUCCUUUUAUGGUCCACAACUUUUUAUUGCAUUUAUUCAUCAUGACUAAUGCUAACAUACAGGGUGACUGAUUCAUGUUUACACACCUUUUCUGGGCCUGUUUUCUGUUUGAUUGUGUAUUCCUUUCUGUUGAAAUCUCUUUAAAGCUGUUUUUUGCCAAAGACUUUUCUUUUCUGGCACAUGUACAACUCACCUCCACAGAUCAAGCUUAUUGCUUGGAGAUAUACAACAUCUGUUAACCUAACUAUGCUCUAUUUGUUUACAUUGUGGAUGUGUUUUUUUCUUUUUCAAACUUGAAAAGUUAAAACUUGUAAUAAGAAAUUAAUUCAUAAAGUUUGGCUGUAUCCCUGCAUGGAACAGCAGUCUGAAUCAGAAAUGCCCACUUUUAUGAUGCACAGUGCCCAUCAUAGAAAAUUCAAAUAUCUGUCCAGCAAUGUGUACAUAGUGUAAAUGAUUAAUUACUUAUGGGGAGAUGAUUUCACUAUGAGAAUUAAUGAUGAUCUGCAAGGGAGGUCAACAAAAAGGCUGGAAAUACAUACAUUGUUUUUGCUUUGAAUGAAUUUGAGUUUGUAGUCAUGCCGAUGUUCUGAUGUUUGGUAAAAAUGGUGACUAUUUUUUCUUAUACUGUUAUUAAUAUUAUUGCAGAUGUAAAUAUGGAAUUUCUAAAGAAAUAUUUUAAUUAAAAGCAUGACGAACUGCA